AGAGAGCCGCCGGCUUCCUGCUUCAACUCAGAGGACUUUUUUCGCCGCCGACGAAAGAGCAGCAGAUCGUCCUCGUCUCAUCUUCAGCCCGCCCGGUAAAAGAAACCAAAACAAAAAAGCUCCUUCCGAUCUUUCUGAUGAUCACAUUCGAUGAUUUCCUGGGAAACAUGAAUGUUUGCUUCAUCCUGGACGGGAUUCUCAUCCUGUACGGCAUCAUUCUCACCGUCCUGUACUGCAGACUGAGGAUUCAACCGACCACCUAUGCGCUCGAAAAUUGCCCCAAGAAGCAACCCGCUGAGGGAGGCAUCUAUGCGGUGAGACAUCUCAUUCUAAUGCUUAAAAAGACUUUUAAAAAGGCUCAUGUGGGACAGACAGUGACGGCGGAUGGGUUUGGCCUUCAACACCACUGACACCUAUGAGACCAUCAAAAUGGAGAAAAAGCCCAUCGUCUGACGCAGAACACAUUCGGUGCAAUGAGGACGCUGAGCUUCGACAAAGCUUAUGUUGUGUUGAGGCACACAUUUUCUACCUUUUCUUUGUAAAAAAAAAAGCCUCUUUUGUUUCUAACGCUUUUGUUGUGCAUGCAUGAAAUGUUAAAACGACUAAAUUAAUAUUUAACACUUUACUAAUAAAGCCUGUGUCAGUGAG